AUGUCCAAUUUAUCUACACAAUUUGAGGACAUUCAAAACUCGCUCCUUCAAACAGCCCAGAAAGCAGAUGCAGCAAUGGACUUAGGGCUGGUUAAUCAAGCAGAUAUUAAACAGCUACAAGAAGCUACUGCCUCUCAAAGAGUCUCACUGAUUUUCCUAGAGACGGAGGUAAAACCAGUUAAUUUAAAAUUUCAAGGCAUAAGAGAGGAAGCUGAAGAAAAUAACGAUAUGAUCACGUUUAUGACUUCCCUCAUUGCACAAGCAUUAUCGCUGGAGGAAGGUGUGUUUCCAACCAUUACACAAGCUUACCGGAUGGGAACCUUGGCUAGAAACCGCCGUCUACUUCCAAGAGACAUUCUAAUAACCGUUCCAGGCGCAAGAGUUCGCCGCAGAAUCCUAGAUGCAGCAAAGACACCUGGAACUUUUAAACAUGAGGGAAACCCAUUACAAGUGUCCUCGGACAUCCCGAGAGAAGCUAUCCUUAUACGCCGCACACUGAAACCAAUUAUAACAAAGCUGCAAAGCAUAAAGCAGAAAUAUUGCUGGCUCCCUUCUGGAAAACUGUAUGCAGCAUUUCAAGGUCAGCACUUGUAUGCCUGGGAUGAAGACAGUGGUGCAGACUUACUGCAUAUCAUACAAGGUGAAGCCCCUAUGGAGCAAGAUGAAUUGAUAGAUAUCACGUGUACACUGCUGCUGCUAAAUCCGGACUUCACUACUGCAUGGAAUGUCAGGAAGGAACUAAUACUAUCUGGCACUUUAAAUCCAGUUAAAGAUUUACAUCUUGGGAAACUGGCGCUAACUAAGUUUCCAAAGAGUCCAGAAACAUGGAUUCACAGACGAUGGGUGCUGCAACAACUAAUUCAGGAAAACUCUUUGCCCACACUGGUGACUAAAGGGAAUUUGGAAAUGGCACCAACAGAAAGGAUACAACGAUUAGUAAAGGAAGAAAUGGAUGUCUGUUGUGAAGCUGCUGGGAGAUAUCCAAGCAAUUAUAAUGCCUGGUCCCAUCGCAUCUGGGUUUUACAACACUUGGCAAAGCUCAGUACAAAGAUUCUGCUUGAUGAACUUUCUUCCACUAAACACUGGGUUUCCAUGCAUGUUUCAGACCAUAGCGGAUUCCACUACCGCCAGUUUUUAUUAAAGUCCUUGAUUGUCAGAACUGUGACUGACUAUACUGUUCAGAUGCAUAAUCAGCCAAACAAUCAACAAGCACCCAGUCUUCCAAAAGCUGAAGAAACUGAUGAAGCAGAGGCUGCCUAUGUGGAAGAACAAAGGCCGGAUCACCCUUUUCUUCUAAAGGAAGAAGCAGAGCUCUGCACUGAUUUAAUUAAUAGUUAUCCAGGGCAUGAAACCCUAUGGUGUCACAGACGGCACGUGUUCUACCUUCAGCACCACUUAAAGAACAAACUUGUACUUCCAAGCACCUGGGCAGUGGCUGCAGACAGCAGCGAUGGAACUCUGAAUAACACUCACCCUGGUGGUGCCCUUGGUCAUGUGACUCAGGCCAUGGAUAUUGAUGGCUUGAUUGAAUCCAACAAACAAGGCUACACUCAAGAAAUCAAGCGCCUGAAACGUGCUCCUCUGCAGGACUCUGUCAAUCUGGAAGCAGAAUACAGGUUCAUUGACCAGGUUCUAUCAACAUGCAGGGAUGUAGAACAGGCAAGGUUUGCUGGUGCAUACAGAAAAUGGCUGGGUUCUUUUCUAGGUCAGUGAAGGAGGAAAUUUUUUAAAAACCCUGCAGGGUCCCUUGUUUAGUGCAAUAUUCUCUUUUUGAAACACAGGUGCACAUCAUGGCUCUUGGCACU